UAAUUUAAAUUGAAUAGCUGAUACGGAAACUAAACUUCAAAACUAAUGCUGAUUUAGAAAAAAAUAAAGAUUCCUGUAACAUAAGAGACCUCCUUAAAUUAGUAAAAAGAUAAAUUUUAAAAAAUAAAAAGACAAAUAUACCCUAACUUUUUCUUCAUCCUCUACUUUCUUCCUUCCCCAUCUCACAUCGUUGACUCAGAUCCAUUAAGGCACCAAUCAGGCAACUUAACUGAAUCGACUGGAGCUACAAAAUGACGUCGUACAGAGCAGACGACGAUUAUGGUUACCUAUUCAAGGUGGUGCUGAUUGGUGAUUCAGGUGUGGUCAAAUCCAAUUUGUUAUCUCGAUUUACCAAGGACGAGUUCAGUCUUGAAUCCAAAUCCACUAUUGGAGUCAAAUUCACCACCUAGAGCAUCCGGGUUGAUGAUAAGAUUGUCUAGGUUGAUACUCCAAUUUGCUCCUCCUUUUCUCCCAUCUAGUAGCUUUGCUUGCCUAGGUUCAUACUCCCAGAUCUGGGUUCUCUGCCUCAUAAGAACACAUAUUAUUCAGGGAUCCUCGACCGCCGUGAUAGGAAUUUUUGAGUUCUUCAAUCUUAAUCUAGGUUGUUUAGCUACGGUUCAAAUCUGGGUUUUUGGUUUGUUUCCAAUGUUUAUGGAUUUCUGGGUAUUUUUGCUAUAUCAGAAUCUAGGAUUUUUUUUUUUUUUUUGUGGUAAGAGGGUUUGAUUUGUGGAAAAAUUAUGUUUGUUGAUGAGAAUUUCCUCUAAGGAAAGUGUAUGAUUUUUGUUACUAUCAUGUUUUAGUUUUAGUACAAACCGAGAGAACUUUCGCCGGAGCCUUGCCGGAGAUAAGGCAUUUGCGUCAGAGAAGUUGAGUUGCAGGCAGUGGAGAAGUUGAGUUGCAGGCAGUGGAGAAGUAGAGUUGUAGGCGCUGAUUGUUUUCCUUUUUAUUUUUUAUUAAUUAAGCUUUUAAUCGUUA